CCCCUUUUCCCAACUACUUCCAAAAUCCCAUCACAGGCUCUCUGCCGGCCCCGGCUCCACAUCCGCGCUCAUUCCCGUCAUGAGAUCCCUAUGGACGUGUUCGCUUGUCUUCAGUCUUCGUCUUUUAUUAACGAUCGAAGUGGAAACAGACUAUCAGACGGGUCCUGAAGAAAGUGAUGCGCUCGACUACAAGGACCCCUGCAAAGCUGCUGCUUUUCUGGGGGAUAUUGCUCUAGAUGAAGAGGACUUGCGUUUGCUUAAGUUGAACUUCAUUAAUGCUGCACUGAAAGCCUCAUCUAACCUCUCUGAAUCAGCUAACAGAUCCUCGACCAAUAGCAGUGCAGAUGGAGAGCCAGUUUUGGCCAUUCGAAGCCUCUUACGAAGAAGGAGAGCAGCCACAGCAAGGCCUGAGAGAGUCUGGCCAGAUGGCAUCAUCCCAUAUGUUAUUAGUGGCAACUUUAGCGGCAGCCAGCGAGCCGUUUUCAAGCAAGCUAUGCGACACUGGGAGAAAUAUACCUGCGUGACCUUUGUCGACAGAAGCACAGAGGAAAGCUACAUUGUCUUUACCAUCCGGCCAUGUGGAUGCUGUUCAUUCGUAGGAAGGAGAGGGGGAGGUCCACAGGCCAUCUCUAUUGGGAAAAAUUGUGACAAGUUUGGCAUCGUGGUGCACGAACUCGGACACGUCAUUGGCUUCUGGCAUGAGCACACGCGACCUGACCGAGACGAACAUGUUGACAUAUUUAGAGAAAACAUUCAGCCAGGUCAGGAGUACAACUUCAUAAAGAUGGAGUCUGAUGAUGUAGAUUCCUUGGGCGAGGUUUACGACUUUGAUAGCAUCAUGCAUUAUGCGAGAAACACCUUUUCCAGGGGCAUCUAUCUUGAUACCAUGCUGCCGAAGUACGACGUCGAUGGAGUCCGUCCACCCAUCGGACAGCGUACGAGAUUGAGCAAAGGAGACAUCGCUCAAACACAAAAACUCUACAAGUGUCCAAGAUGUGGAGAGAGCCUUCAAGACAGCACUGGAAACUUCUCCUCCCCUGGGUUUCCGAACGGAUAUGCUGCAUAUCUUCAUUGCAUAUGGAGGAUAUCUGUCACGCCUGGUGAGAAGAUCAUUCUUAAUUUUACUUCAAUGGAUUUGUACAGAAGUCACCUGUGCUGGUACGACCACAUCGAGAUCCGUGAUGGAUAUUGGAGAAAUGCACCCUUGAUAGGCCGUUUUUGUGGAGACCAGCUUCCUGAAGCCAUUGUGUCCACUGACAGUCGACUCUGGAUUGAAUUUCGCAGCAGUAGUAAUUGGGUUGGAAAAGGCUUUUCUGCCAUCUAUGAAGCUAUUUGUGGAGGAGAGGUGGAAAGAGACAGUGGACAGAUCGAAUCGCCCAAUUACCCCGACGACUAUCGGCCCAAUAAAUUGUGUAUAUGGAAGAUUAUGGUGCCUCAGGGUUUCCACGUGGGCCUCAGCUUUCAGUCAUUUGAGAUUGAGAAACAUGAUAACUGUGCCUAUGACUAUCUGGAAGUGAGAGAUGGAGAUUCAGAGAGCAGUCCUCUCCUGGGUCACUUCUGUGGGUACGAAAAACCAGACGACAUCAAGAGCAGCUCCAAUCAACUGUGGAUGAAGUUCGUCUCUGAUGGCUCGGUAAACAAAGCUGGAUUUUCGGCCAGUUUCUUCAAAGAGAUUGACGAAUGUUCCCGACCUGAUAAGGGGUUUUGCGAGCAACGUUGUGUCAACACGCUAGGUAGUUUCUACUGCGCUUGUGAACCCGGGUUUGAGCUUUCCCCCGAUCGCCGGAGCUGUACAGCAGCUGCCUGUGGUGGAUUCAUGACCAAUCUUAACGGUUCCUUCACAAGUCCAGGAUGGCCACAGGAAUACCCCCCGAACAAGAACUGCGUGUGGCAGCUCAUUGCACCCGCGCAAUAUCGAAUCACGCUGCUUCUCGACGCCUUUGAGAUCGAAGGCAAUGAUGUUUGCAAGUAUGACUAUGUUGAGGUGCGAAGUGGUUUGUCCAAUGACGCAAAGCUUCAUGGGAAAUUCUGUGGCACAGAGAAACCAGAGGCGAUCACGUCACAGGCCAACAGCAUGCGUGUCGAGUUCAAAUCAGACAAUACUGUGUCCAAGAGAGGCUUCAGAGCUUACUUCUUUUCUGAUGUGGAUGAGUGUUCACGGGAAAAUGGAGGCUGCCAACAUGAGUGUGUAAACACUUUUGGGAGUUACAGCUGUCAGUGUCGAAGCGGCUUUGUAUUGCACAGCAACAAACACGACUGCAAAGAAGUGGGCUGUGACCAGGUCAUUACCAGUGUCUCUGGUAUCAUCACGAGUCCAAACUGGCCUGAUAAAUACCCCAGCAAGAAAGCCUGCACCUGGACGCUGUCCACUACACCGGGCCACCGCAUUAAACUCGCUUUCGUUGAGAUUGCCAUGGAAGCACAUGAGGAAUGUGCCUAUGACCACUUGGAGAUAUAUGAUGGCCAAAACAGCAGGGCACCAAGUUUUGGGCGCUUUUGUGGCGGUAAGAAACCUUCACCGGUGAUUUCCAGCGGCAACAGUAUGUUCCUGCGAUUCUUCUCGGAUAGCUCGGUACAGAAGAGAGGUUUUAAGGCUUCUCAUUCAGCAGAGUGUGGUGGUAGUUUAAAGGCGGAAAUAAAGACCAUGGACCUAUAUUCCCACGCUGCAUUCGGCGACAACAAUUACCCCGGAGCGUCAGAUUGCCAAUGGGUGAUUUCUGCGGAGAAAGGCUACGGGGUUUCGAUCAUCUUCAACACCUUUGAGAUCGAAGAGGAAGCUGACUGCGGCUAUGACUACGUCGAGUUGUUUGAUGGGGCUGAUGUCAAAGCACCAAGGCUGGGCCGCUACUGUGGUUCUGGGCCACCAGAGGAGAUCUUUUCAGCCGGCGAUGCCAUCGUCAUCAAAUUUCAUUCGGACGACACCAUCAACAAGAAAGGUUUUCAUGUUCGUUUCACAAGCACUAAGUUUCAGGACACCUUGCAUACAAGUAAAUGAACAUCAAAGGCAACCUUGCGGCUCCAAUAUUUUCAAUUUGCCUGAUGCCAUCUGGGGCCCUCCUUAUUUCCCCCCAUAAGUGGAAAUGUAGUGGUGCCGAACCCUUAUAUAGCCUUCAGCUAUAGUAAGCAGAGAGAACAAGCUUUUGAUGGAAGGAUACGGCAGCCGAUUGUUCCCCAAACCAUCCAUUGAAAACUCUUUGAAAUGAAAAAUCUGACUGGCUAUACAUUCUCAGUAUGGAGUGAUUGUGCAAUGAUUUGCAUCAAAGAUGUAUUAGAUGGAUGUCUCCAAUGCCAGCAUCUAAAAUUUUGACUAUUUUAUUAUAAAAGUAAAUUCAUAAAUCACAAUGGUAAUGACGUUUGGUAUUGUACUGUAUAUAUUAUGACAGUAAUUAUAUAUUUGGUAAAAGCAAUCCCAGCACAUUUCCUUGCGUGAGAGUUGUAAAUGUUUAUUCAGACUGCUUUGAUUUAAAUUAUGACUAGAAAUUGUUCAUCUGAAGUUGAUAAAUGGGAAAACAAACGUGUUAAUAAACUAAUAAACAUUGUUUGAGAUGAA